AUGCCAGAACCUUUUAUCUUUACUCCCACCUCCAGAUGUCAUCAGGAAAGACCUUACUUCCAGGGAUGGGUCCUCAACCCAGGAGAAGUGUCACCAGAAUUUGCUACCCAGCCUUCCUACAGCCCUGAAUACGGCACUGUAGGCCCAUCCCAGACCGGCAACCGCCUGGAGGCCCUGACUGGUAGGCUGAGCAGGAGGAAGGGAGUCCCCCCUAAAAAGGAGAGGAGAAGGACAGAAAGUAUUAACAGUGCCUUUGCAGAACUUAGAGAAUGUAUCCCAAAUGUGCCAGCCGACACCAAACUCUCAAAAAUCAAGACCCUCAGGCUGGCCACUAGCUACAUUGGCUACUUGAUGGACGUUCUGGCCAAGGAUAGUGAUCCUGGGGGCACUGAGGGGUUUAAGGCUGAGCUGAAGAAAGUAGACAGCAGAGACUGUAAAAGGAAAAGAGAAGGGCUGCAGAGUGAAGGAUUCUGGGGUAAUAGUCCAGCAGGAGAGAAGAAGCUGAAGGGUCGGACAGGGUGGCCACAACAGGUCUGGGCCUUAGAACUGAAUCCUUAA